AUCACAGACCUCUAUAUAUCGCCACUGAGUUAUUCUCUCUCUCUCAGAACAUUUUCUCUGAGAUAUCGUUUUCUCACAAGAUUGUGUAAGGUUUUGAUUUGUCGUUGACUCUCCAAGAUUUUCGGACCAAACUAGUUUUGUCUGUUUUUCUCAAAGAGAUGGAAGAGGUUGUCCUAAUGCCGUCGUUUUCGAUCGGAAAGCUAUCUUCUCUGGCGCCGGAGAAGAUUCUGGAGCCGUCUGUUCACUCGGAAGAAGAGGUUUUAGAGGACGGAGAAGAGAUCGAUGGUGGUGUGAGACUUAUGUAUUUGUCUAAUGAAGGUGACAUUGAAGGGAUCAAGGAGCUUCUUGAUUCCGGGAUCGAUGCUAACUACAGAGACAUUGAUGAUCGUACUGCUCUCCACGUGGCGUCUUGCCAGGGGCUUAAAGAUGUCGUGGAGUUACUUCUUGAAUGGGAAGCUGAAGUUGAUCCUAAAGAUCGAUGGGGAAGCACGCCUCUUGCAGAUGCGAUAUUCUACAAGAACAUUGAUGUAAUCAAGAUACUUGAGACUCAGGGAGCUAAACAUCCGAUGGCUCCAAUGCACGUGGAAGCUGCUCUUGAAGUCCCUGAAUAUGAAAUCAAUCCCGACGAGCUUGAUUUCACUCAAAGCAGAGAUAUAUCAAACGGAACUUAUUGUAUGGCAAUGUGGCGUGGCAUUCAAGUUGCGGUGAAGAAGCUCGAUGAUGAAGUUUUGAGCGACGAGGAACAAGUAAGGAGAUUCCAUGAUGAGCUUGCAUUGCUCCAAAGGCUUAGGCAUCCAAACAUUGUUCAGUUUCUUGGUGCUGUUACUCAAAGUAAUCCAAUGAUGAUUGUUACUGAAUAUUUGCCUAGGGGGGAUUUGCGCGAAUUGCUGAAAAGGAAAGAACAUUUAAAACCAGCUACCGCUGUUAGAUACGCCCUUGAUAUUGCAAGGGGAAUGAACUAUCUACAUGAGAUCAAAGGAGACCCUAUCAUCCACCGAGAUCUUGAACCUUCAAACAUACUGCGGGAUGAUACAGGGCAUCUGAAAGUUGCAGACUUUGCAGUAAGCAAGCUUGUUACUGUUAAAGAAGACAAGCCUUUGACAUUUCUAGACACUUCUUGUCGAUAUAUUGCUCCCGAGGUUUUCACCAGCGAUGAAUACGACACCAAGGCUGAUGUUUUCUCCUUUGCAUUGAUAGUUCAAGAGAUGAUCGAAGGAAGAAUACCCUUUGCGGAAAAGGAAGACAGUGAAGCUUCAGAAGCUUAUGCAUGCAAAGAGCGUCCAUCUUUCAAAGCUCCAUCUAAGCAUUACCCUCAUGGACUUAAAUCGUUGAUAGAAGAAUGCUGGUUAGAUAAACCGGCCAAGCGACCGACUUUCAGAGCGAUCAUUAAACGGCUUGAGUCCAUUCUUCACCAUAUGGGCCACAAGCGACAAUGGAGGAUAAAGCCAUUGACAUGCUUUCAGAAGUUCGAGCACAAGAAGAAACAUAAUUGGGAUGUUAGCAGCGCUGAUGGCUCAUCCUCGGGUUCACAUUUGUGAUUCUUUAACCGGUUAUUCUUUCCGGUUUAGUUUGGCUUUCCGGUUUUACUUUGUAAUGUUGUUUUAGUUUGAAGAAAGUAUUCGUGUGGUCGUGGACAGAAGUUGCAUUUUAUUUUAGUAUAAAGGUGUAACGAGUCUUCAGAUUUUUGAAGCUGUAUAAUACAUGUCUAACGAAUUAUAAGGAAUUUGUUUCAAUCGAGUUUUUUC